CCACGUGUCGGGCGGGAGAGCGCACGGCUGUCUUCCCCGCCCGCCCCUGCGCCGCGGCUGCUGCUGCUCCGCUAACGGGCUCCCAUCCAGCCAGCUCCGUGUCCGCCGGUCCGUCUGCCCGUCCGCCCGUUCGCCACAGGAGGCCUCCGCUGCUCGUGUUUUCUGCUGCAGAACCCGAGACCAUGGCCAAACCAGCACAGGGUGCCAAGUACCGCGGUUCCAUUCGCGACUUUCCGGACUUCGAUCCCAGCCAGGAUGCCGAGGCUCUGUACACCGCUAUGAAGGGCUUCGGCAGCGACAAGGAGGCCAUACUGGAGCUGAUCACUUCCCGGAGCAACAGGCAGAGGCAGGAGAUCUGCCAAAGCUAUAAGUCCCUCUAUGGCAAGGACCUCAUUGCGGACUUGAAAUACGAGCUGACGGGGAAGUUUGAACGACUGAUUGUGGGUCUGAUGAGGCCGCUCGCCUAUUGUGAUGCCAAAGAAAUUAAAGAUGCCAUCUCGGGAAUUGGCACUGACGAGAAGUGCCUCAUUGAAAUCUUGGCUUCCCGGACCAAUGAGCAGAUCCACCAGCUGGUGGCAGCGUACAAAGAUGCCUACGAACGAGACCUAGAGUCUGACAUCAUUGGUGACACAUCUGGCCACUUCCAGAAGAUGCUCGUGGUCCUGCUCCAGGGAACGAGGGAAGACGACGACGUAGUAAGCGAGGACUUGGUGCAACAGGAUGUCCAGGACCUGUACGAGGCAGGGGAACUGAAAUGGGGAACAGAUGAAGCCCAGUUCAUUUACAUUUUGGGAAAUCGCAGCAAGCAGCAUCUUCGGUUGGUGUUUGAUGAGUAUCUGAAGACCACAGGGAAGCCCAUCGAAGCCAGCAUCCGAGGGGAGCUGUCUGGGGACUUCGAGAAGCUGAUGCUGGCCGUGGUGAAGUGUAUUCGGAGCACCUCGGAGUAUUUUGCUGAAAGGCUCUUCAAGGCCAUGAAGGGAGCUGGCACCGAUGAAAAAGCUCUCAUCGAAAUCCUAGCUACUCGGACCAACGCCGAAAUCCAGGCCAUCAAUGAGGCCUAUAAGGAAGACUAUCACAAGUCCCUGGAAGAUGCUCUGAGCUCAGACACGUCUGGCCACUUCAAGAGGAUCCUCAUAUCUCUGGCCACGGGGAACCGUGCGGAGGGAGGAGAAGACCGGGACCAGGCUCGGGAGGAUGCCCAGGUGGCUGCUGAGAUCUUGGAAAUAGCAGACACAUCCAGCGGAGACAAAACUUCCCUGGAGACGCGUUUCAUGACGAUCCUGUGUACACGUAGCUAUCCGCACCUCCGGAGAGUCUUCCAGGAGUUCAUCAAGAUGACCAACUAUGACGUGGAGCACACCAUCAAGAAGGAGAUGUCUGGGGAUGUCAGGGACGCAUUUGUGGCCAUUGUUCAAAGUGUCAAGAACAAGCCUCUCUUCUUUGCCGACAAACUUUACAAGUCCAUGAAGGGUGCUGGCACGGAUGAAAAGACCCUCACCCGGAUCAUGGUCUCCCGGAGUGAGAUCGACCUGCUCAACAUCCGGCGGGAGUUCAUUGAGAAAUACGACAAGUCUGUCCACCAAGCCAUUGAGGGUGACACCUCUGGAGACUUCAUGAAGGCCUUGCUGGCUAUCUGUGGUGGCGAGGACUAGGGCCACUGGUUUUGGUGGGCAUCUAAGCCGAGAAAUGGUCAUCAGCACCAGCCGCCGUGACCAAGCCUGAUCGCUCCAGCUCCAGAGACUAAGGAAGGGGCAGGGUGGAGGGAGGGGACAAGGGGGGGCUCUUGUCAUUAACGGGUUUAAGAAAGGCUCCCACUCACAUGGGCCACUGAGGGCCCAGCCUGGUCACUGCUCGCAUCUGAGUGGCUGUAGAACCAUAGCCACAGAUUCCAUCCACCUCCACUCCCCAUCUUCCUCCUCGGCCCUUCUGCCCUUUGUCACAGCCCUGCCCUGGUUGGGGCUUUGUCAAAUCUAAAAACAUACUGAGCCUCUGUCUAUGAAACGA